AUGAAGGUUAUCAAGGCCACCGAACAGAAAAACAAAGUGCCAGAACCACCCAAGCCCGGUGUCUCGAGCCCACCUCUGCCCGUUGCCUCCGGUCCGGCUGGUCCUUCCACGGCGGCGGCGGCAGCUAGUGGCGGUGGUAACAACAGCAACAAUAAUGCCCGACGGCCUGCAGGCAGCCACCCGCAGCCGGCUCAGCAGCAGCAGCAGCAGCCUUCUCCUCGCUACCCGCCCCGCGAAGUGCCGCCCCGGUUUCGGCACCAGGAGCAGAAGCAACUUCUGAGGCGCGGGCAGCAGCUGCCGGGGCUGGCGGCGAACCUGGGGGCGACGUCGAAACAGCCGAACGGCCUGCCAGGGGGCGGCCCAGCCGCGAGCGAGCAGCCGGCCUCUGUCGGCGAAGGGCAGCAGAGCGGCAGCCAAAAGCAAUCAGAUCUCAACCGCAGCACACGAGGAGGACCCCAUUAUGAGAACGCGCACUGGGGAGCCGUCUCUUCCAGCAGCGACUCCGGCACAAAUUGGGAGAAGGUCCUUGUAGACGGCCCAGACCCAGAGGCAUGGCCCUCGGCCCCCGGCGGCACUGACGCGGAGCCGGCUUCGGAAUGUGUGGACGCUGACUCCGCCUCGAGCUCCGGGUCGGAGAAGAGCCCGGCCCUCAUGGCUUCCCGGGGCGCGGACGCCGGCAGCCUGCCGAACGGCAUCGGACACGGCUCCCCGGCCAAGUUUGCUGCCGGCGGCCACAGCAAUAACGGGGGCGGCGGGAGCAGGCCGUGGGGCUUGUGCCUCGGCGCCGUGACAAGCGCGGGGGCGGCCCCGGUGGAGUCUCCGAAGGGCACGUCGGAAAGCGGAGGCGGCAGGAUGAACUCUUGGGGCGCCCUCGGCCCCUCGCCCGGCGGAGGGUUGAAUCCCAGCACUUUGAAUGCCAGCGGCAGCCGCGGUGCCUGGCCCGUGUUGGAGAGCAACGGGCACCCCCUGAAAGGGCCUGGCGGCGGCGGCCACACACCAAGCACCCCGAGCGGGAGCUGCAGCCUCGUCUCCUGGGGGAGCCUCCCGGAGGGCGGCUGUGACCCCCCGGCCAACGGUACCAGGAAGGUUUCGCAGAGUGGGCCACCUCAGAACCUUAACCCCGAAGUGAACGGACCAAAUAAUAACACUACUAACUUGAUGACCUCUAGUUUACCAAACCCCGCCGGCUCCGUGCCGCCGAGCGAGCCGGAGGGCGGCGACGCAGGCCCCCCCGGGGGCUGGGGCCGGACCGCCCUGCCUCUGCUCCAGACCUCACCGGCCAUCGGCGGACCUUCCGCUCCUCACCUCAGCAAUGGUGAAGCGAAGAUCGGCGGCGCGGCCUGGGCGGGUGCCUAUGGCUCCGCCUUCCCCGGAGACCGAUGCCCUGACUCCAGCGUCCGAGCCGGCGGCGACACUGUGAACGCGACUCUCUUGCCGCCGGGCCUUGCGAGUGGCAGCAGCAGCACAAACUUUGAAACCAACGGGGGCAAGGGAGCAGGGGGGUGGGAGGGAGCAGGGGCGGCCGGCACCCCGAACCUGCCGUGGGGGGGUGGGGCGGGCUCCGGGGGCGGCCAGAGGGGCUCCGACUUCACGGACGGAGAGUGGAGCCAGCUGUCGGUCAGUCAGCGCCCCCCUCCCGAGAACGGCAGCGCCAAGAAGUUACCGGGGGCGUGGCCGCCAGCCGAGGAGGAGGACGCGAGCAUGGAGGUGCAGAGCUCGGCGGUCUCUCCCGUCCCCGAGCAGCAUGGCCGGUGGGCGAAGGUCAGCCCCGGGGGGAGCGAAGCGGGCCCCGGGGAGAGUCCCGAGGAGAGAUCGGCGGCCGAGGGGGCCGGCCACGAGAGACGGAAGGCCGACCAGUACGCACUACUCCAAAGCAUCGUCAACAGGACGGGCCUGGACCCCCGGGUCCUCUCCAACGCCGGCUGGGGCCAGACGCCCAUCAAGCAGAACACGGCCUGGGACACAGCGGUGGCUUCCCCGCGCGGGGAGCGGAAGGUGGACAACGGCACGGAGGCCUGGGGGGGCUGCAGCAGCUCAGGGGAAAGCGCGGAGAGGCCCGGCCCGAACGGCCCCGCUGGCCCGUCCGGGUGGGGGGAGACAAAGUCCGCAAGCAGGUGGGGAGACCCCAAGGUCUCCGGCGGAGGCAGCCAGGGGGGCUGGGAGCGACCAGCCGCUCCCGCCCAGGCCAAAGGCAAUCAUCCAUCGUGGGCGGCGGGCGGGAAAGACGACAAGCCCUCACCGGCAUCCCCCUGGAGCGACGCAGAGAAGUUCAAGCCAGGGUGGGGGGACGGGCAGAAGGGGAGUCCUGGGUGGGCCGGGCCGGCCGCUGACGGCUGGGGGGAGAACCUGAGGAGCAACCAUUGGGGCGAGACGAGGAAGUCCAGCUCUGGCAGCAGCGACAGCGACCGGUCGACGUCCGGCUGGAAGGAGCCACCGGGCAAGGCCGGCACUGCCCACUGGGGUGGGGGAGGAGGCGGCCGAGCCCACCCAAGCCCCGGGUGGGAGGAGCCCGCCAAGCCGAGCCAAAGUCAGGGGUGGGGGGACCCCCCCAAGCCCGGCCGUUCUCAGAGCUGGGAGGCGGCCAAGUCCCCCGGCUCGCCGGACUGGGCCAAGCAGCAGCAGCAGGACGCCGGGGGCUGGGGGGCACAGCCCACCCUGGGCAAGGCACAAGGUGUGACGGGGUGGCCGGGGAGGCCAGUGCCGCCCCUGGCCAAGGAGGAAGAGCCCACCGGGUGGGAGGAGCCGUCCCCCGAAUCGAUCCGCCGCAAGAUGGAGAUUGACGACGGAACGUCCGCUUGGGGGGACCCGAGCCGGUACAACUACAAGAAUGUGAACAUGUGGGACAAGAAUACCCCGAGGGGGGGCGACCCUUCGGACCAGCAAGCACACGGCCCUCCGCAGCGCCUGCCGUCCCACGCUGCACCUGGCCCCAGUACGGAGAGCAAUGGCGGCGGCAGCUCUGGUUGGGGAGAGCCCUCUCCCGCCCCCACGACGGUCGACAAUGGCACAGCCGCCUGGGGCAAGCCCGUCGAUACGGGAGCCAGCUGGGGGGAGUCCAUCAGUGAUGCCGGGAGCGCCGGGAACUGGGGGAGCGUCUCCGUCAGUCAGCCAGCUCCUAACAAAGCGGGGCCCAAGUCUAUGCAAGCGGCUGACGGCUGGUGUGGAGGCGACAUGCCCCUGACCGGGAGCCGCCAGGCCGGCUGGGAGGAAGCGGAGGACGUGGAGAUCGGGAUGUGGAGCGGCGGCGGCUCAGCCCAAGAGGUCGGCGCCUCGCUGAACUGGUCGCCGUAUGCAAAGAGGUUGCCCUCCAAGGGAACAAUGAAAAACGGCAACAAGCAAGAGGAAUCGUGGAUAAAUCCGUUUGUUAAGCAAUUUGCCAAUCUCAACUUCUCUAGGGAGUCCCCUGAAGAAAUCAUGCACAGCAAUAAGAUGGACAUAUCCGGAGGGGUCUUGCCGGACAAGCGGAUGGAGAUGGAGAAGCACGGCCUGACCGCUGGCGAUUACAGCCGGGUGGUGGGGAAAGGCCCCGGUGCCCGCCCUCAGAGUUCCAAAGAGUCUUCCAUGGAUCGAAGUCCUUACUUUGAUAAGGACGGCCUUCUCGUAGCAGAUGACCCCACAAACGUGCCGUUUCUGCCCAGUCAGAACGCGAAGCCUCCCCCUCCUAGCAGUGCACUACCUAACCAGGCCCUUGGCUCCCUGGCCGGGCUGGGCAUGCAAAACUUGAAUUCUGUUAGACAGAACGGCAACCCCAGCGCGUUUGGGAGCCCAGCCGCACAGUCCCGGAGUCUGCAGCCUCCGCCGCCUCCGCCCGCACAGCCUCUGAACUCCUCUCAGCCGAACCCACGAGCUCAAGUGCCUCCGCCGCCGUUGCUCUCCCCUCAGGUCCCCGUCAAUCUGCUGAAGUACGCACCAAACAACGGGGGGCUGAGCCCGCUCUUUGGCCCACAGCAGGUAGCCAUGUUGAACCAACUCUCCCAGUUGAACCAGCUUUCCCAGAUCUCCCAGUUACAACGCCUGCUUGCCCAGCAGAGGAAGGUCCAGACGCAGAGGAACAUGUCUGCUGGAGGCCGUCAGCAGGACCAGCAGAGUCGCUCCAUGGGCCUGCCGCAGCCCUGCCCGCUGGACCCCAGCCUCCUCCUCCUCAAGCAGCAGCAGCAGCAGCAGCAGCUCCAGUCGCCUGCCUUGAAGUCCUUCCUGGAGAGCGAGCUGCAGAAAGGGCCGGCGCAGAGCAGCAGUCCCUUCGGCAACUUCCCCCUCGGACUGAACUCCAACUUGAAUGUAAACGUGGACAUGGGCGGUAUCAAAGAGCCACAGUCCCGGCUGAGGAAAUGGACGACGGUGGAUAGUGUGGGGGCGAACGCCUCGCUGGAUCAAAACGUCAGCAAAAAUGGUGCUAUUUCGAGCGGCUUCAGGCUGGAGGAAGCCCCCUUCGUCCCCUACGACUUCAUGAACAGCAGCAGUUCUCCGGCCAGUCCUCCGGGCUCCAUCGGGGACGGCUGGCCACGUGCCAAAUCGCCGCCCAACGGCUCCAGCAGUGUCAAUUGGCCCCCGGAGUUCCGCCCCGGAGAGCCCUGGAAAGGGUACCCAAACAUCGACCCCGAAACCGACCCCUACAUCACCCCCGGCAGCGUCACCAACAAUCUGUCCAUCAACACUGUGCGGGAGGCGGACCACCUCAGGGACAGGAGCACCGGGUCAUCCUCAUCUCUGAACACCGCGCUGCCUUCGACUAGUGCCUGGUCAUCCGUUCGUGCCUCCAACUACAAUGUUUCCCUCAGUAGUACAGCACAAAGCACUUCAGCCAGAAACAGUGACUCCAAAUCCACGUGGUCUCCCGCUUCCAUGACCAACACCUCUCUGGCCCAUGAGCUGUGGAAGGUCCCUCUGCCCACCAAGGGCAUCCCGGCCCCGUCGCGCCCGCCCCCGGGGCUGACCGGCCACAAGCUGCCUCUCUCCGCCUGGGACAGCGGCAACUCCCUGCGGCUGGGGGGCGGCGGGGGCGGCUGGAGCAGCUCCGAGGCCAGAUACACCCCAGGCUCCCACUGGGCGGAGAGCGGCUCUGGGAGAGGGAGCACCUGCUCGCUCAUCUUGAAGAACCUCACGCCGCAGAUUGACGGCUCCACCCUGCGGACGCUGUGCAUGCAACACGGCCCCCUGGUCACUUUCCACCUCAGCCUCCCGCACGGCAACGCCCUGGUCCGCUACAGUUCAAAAGAAGAGGUGGUGAAGGCACAGAAGUCUCUUCACAUGUGUGUCUUGGGGAACACUACAAUCCUCGCCGAGCUUGCCAGUGAAGAGGAGAUCAGCCGCUUCUUUGCACAAGGCCAGUCCCUGACCCCCUCCCCCACCUGGCAGUCCCUAGGCAGCGGCCAGAGCCGGCUGGGGUCCGUGGAGGGCUCCCACGCCUUCCCCACCCGCAGCGACCUGAGUAAUCACUGGAACGGUGCUGGGCUGCAGGGGGGCGGCGGGGAGCUCCCGGGGACGUCCCUCUGGGGGAGCCCCGGCUAUUCCACCAGCCUGUGGGGCUCGCUGGGGGGCGGCGACAGCCAGGGGCUCAACAGCCCCUCCCCGUUCAACGCAUUCCUCUCCGUCGACCCCCUGGGGGGCAGCCCCGGUCACCCCCUGUCCUCCUUCAGCGAAUGAAAUGGGGGGGCGCCGAAGCCGCCGGGAGGGACACAGCACUACAUCUGGACUCCCCCCUCCCUCCCCACCCCCCACCUGCACCCCGGGUGGGGGCAGGAGGGGGGGUCACCUGUGGAAGCCGUUACUUUUGUGCACAUCCCCCCCACACACAC